AUGUUCGAUGUAAUCGCGGACAAAAACUAUAUAAGAUUCGUUAAUAUAAGACUUGGCGGUUGUUGCUCUGGUAAUCACGAAGAAGAUACAUUACGAAUUGCUUUAUUUGGUUUAGAAAAUUCUGGUAAAACAACAUUAAUAGAGUGCUUAAAAACAUCAAAAAAAGUAAAAGAAGUAAAAAAUAAAAUAUCAACGCAUGGUGUUGUAGCUCAAAAUUUAUACUUACAACAAAAACAUUUACUUCUUUUUGAUUGCGGAGGUUGUAAGCAUCAACGUCAUAUUUGGCCACAUUUACUCAAUAAUUCAGAUAUCAUCAUGUUCACUGUGGAUUCAACUGAUCAAGCCUGUCUACAAGAUGCUAAAGAUGCUCUAUUCGAUUUACUCAUACAUGAAAGUCUAAGCGGUAAACCUCUAUUGAUAAUUUGUACUAAAACCGAUAAACCGAAUAAAUUAAAAACGGUUACAAUUGAAAAUCAUCUCAAUUUAUGGAUGAUCGUUGAUCGCCCAGUGCACAAAGUAAAUUUUUCUUCUGUGACACUCGAUGAUUUAACAUUAAUAACAUCAUGGAUCGUUUACUAUUCCAAUCGUAAACAAAAAGGAAAAUUAAUGAAUUUAACAAGUAGUAUUAUCUCACCUAAUAGUAGUCUUCCUCUCUCUUUGAUUCCAACACCCGCUCCCUCUGCUGCCACAAUGUCAUUGCUCUCAGCCGAAACAGCAUCUGGCGCCGCGUCAACAGCCAUCUCUUCUUCCACAACACGUUUAUUCGUUCAUUCUGUACCAUUAAAAAAAUCAAGAAUGAAUUUAAAAUUUGUGAAAAAAAACCUGGUUAUAUAA